AUGGAAGUUGCUGCGCCAGGGGCGCCAAAUGGCGUUUCUAUGCCAGAUCCGGCAGCUCUGGUGGAUUCAGGUGCUGUGGUCCAGUACCUGACAGACGUUCUCCAGGUGACACUGGGGGCUCUGAAAACCGAGUUGGAAAGCGCUGGGAGCUUGCUCUCCUCCGCCAGAUACAACGACACUCUGCAGCGAUGCACGCGAUUUGCGUCUGAAUCGCAGGUCGCGGUUUACGUGCAGAAGGAUAUUGUGGCUGCAGAAGAGACAAAUGGCGAAACGGACGCUGCUGAACCUUCGAUACAGUAUAUCUAUACAUUAUCUUCCGAAAUCUCCUCCGCCUCUACUACCGUUUCGUCCGUGGCCUUUAUCAAACGCCCUGCCCCUAUCGACCCUACUCUCUCAAUCGCCGCCCAAAUUCAAGUCAUGAAUCUGCCUGGACCUGCAUCUCUUAACAAUGCUCAGUCACAGCAGGGAACUUCUUUGUCACCCUUCCAGGUCAUCCACCUGAUGCUUCACCAUGGUCUGACGCCUUACUUCGAAGCCAACACUCGUAACCAGGAAAAACUCUCAGGCACCAAGCCGCGAACGGAUACGGAGGCGAAGACCGGAAUUCCAGGCACGAAGAAGAGGUUUGCGGAAUUGGAACUCGGUUUGAUGCAUCUCCAGCAAAAUGUGGAGAUCCCAGCUUUAAACUUGCCUUUGCACGAGGUAGUCCAGGCCGCAUUGAAAGAGGCCGAGACACAGGGUACCAGGCCAUCCGUCGAGCUUAUUCCGUCAACCGUCUUAGAUAAUAGUGCGUUUACAAACAGUAUCCAAAACACCGUGAAUGGAUGGAUUAGGUCGAUCCAGACCAUCACUAAGAUAUCGCGGGAUCCAGAGGGAGACUCAGCAUCUCCGGAGGUCAACUUCUGGCUAUCCAUGGAAUCGGCUUUGGAGGGAAUUGAGGCCCAGCUGCAGGGCGAUGGCGUGAAAUUGACAAUGGACAUCCUGCGUCAUGCUAAGCGCUACCAGCCCACCCUCAGUUUCCAGGCUGAUACAGGUUUGAAAGAUGCCACCGAAUUGGUCCAGAAGUACAACCAGCUCAUGCGCGAUUUUCCUUUGGACGAGUUGCUCUCUGCAACCUCUCUGCAAAAAGUUCAAGAGUCCCUGGGCUUGAUUUUCAAUCAUUUGAACAAGAAGCUGAAGAUUUGCCCCUACCCAAUCAAGCGAGCGCUUUCCCUUGUUGAGGCUAUUUCUGGAGACUUAGACAAGCGGAUCCACGAACUCAUUAAUGGACGUGAGAUCCUUCACCUUGAUUAUCGCGAUUUCCGCUCAUUGAUGAAGGUGACCCAAGCAAUUUGGCGCACUUGGGAUGAGAACCUCAAAGAAUUUACCAAUGUGGCCCGUGAAUCAACAAGACGUCGCAAUGAAAAAUUCAUUCCAAUCAAGAUAAAUGCUAGAAUCGAUAAUGUUCGUGAAAGAUUGAAGUACAUUGAUACCUUCCGAGUCAACCACGAGCAGCUUCAGAAGACUAUCAUCAAUGUUCUUGGGCCUAAAUCCUCGACCUCGGAGUCUGGAGUCGUGGAUGCUGAUGGCGCUGUUAUUGUGGAGGAAAUCGGUGAUGUCGAUGCCGUUGAGGAAGUCACCCACGCAUAUGCUGCUCUCCAGAAUAUUGACGUUUUGGAUGUUUCUGAAAAAGGAGCGCGAGACUGGGAAAAUGCCGAGAUCGGCUACAGUGAGCGCACAUCUCGCGUUGAAAACUCAAUUAUCGCUCGCCUCCGUGAUCGUCUCGCCACUGCUAAGAAUGCCAAUGAGAUGUUCCGUGUCUUCUCCAAAUUCAACGCUCUGUUGGUUCGGCCUAAGAUUCGAGGAGCUAUCGGUGAAUAUCAAACACAGCUCAUUGACAACGUGAAGCGGGACAUAUCCGCUCUCCACGAGCGAUUCAAGCAGCAAUAUGGCCACUCAGAGGCUCAUGCAAUGGCCCAGCUGCGUGAUUUACCACCUGUAUCUGGAGCUAUCAUCUGGGCUCGACAGAUUGAACGCCAGCUUGAUGGCUAUAUGCGCAAAGUUGAGAACGUUCUUGGAGAAGACUGGCAUCUGCAUGCCGAAGGUGAAAAGCUUCAGGCUGAAGGCAAUCUGUUUCGCAAGAAGCUGGACACGCGGCUCGUAUUCGAGUCGUGGCUUUACGAUGUGCAAAGACGGCAUAUCACGAUUUCUGGCCGACUCUUCAACGUUAUAAGGAACCGUGCCGCAGGAAAUACGCUUGAACUCACCGUAAAUUUCGAUGCUCAGAUCAUCGCCCUGUUCAAAGAGGUUCGCAACCUUAUCUGGCUGAACUUCCAAGUUCCUCAUGCUGUUAGCAACAUCUCUAAAGAGGCUAAACGUGUUUAUCCAUAUGCGAUAAGCUUGAUGGAGAGUGUGCGAACUCUUUUGCAGACCAACCGUACCAUUGCCUCAAUGUCUGAUGUCUCUAUUCUUCUUAAUGGUUACGUUAAUGACUCACAAGCCAUGGUCAGCAAGGGCAUUCCUUUGCGAUGGGAGUCUUUUGUCCAUUCCUAUGAGCUUCACGUUAAACAAUCGGCUCUGGCCAAUGGAUCUAUUGACCCCUCCAAGCCUAGGGGCAACGAAAGCAAGCAUGUUCAAUUUGUUCGAGAGUUCGCUGGCUCAGCUUCCGUUCUCCAGAACAAGACCGCUGUUUUAUCAUCCAUCAAUGAAAGCAUCCAAAAGGCAGUUCACGAGUUGAAGACAUGCUCCUACAAUGCCACUGCUUUCAAGCAGCGACUAGACAUAAUCCAAACUGCAGUGGAUAAGCUCAAUCUCGAGAACUACGUCAAUCUUGAAUACUGGGUCUCUGAACUCAAUGGCAAGAUCGAAGCCAUUCUUCGCGAGCGGCUGCUCCGUGCGGUCCGCGAAUGGAUCACCACAUUCCAGCAGUCUCGCAAUGAAAGCUUUUCCCUUCAAACAAAUGGUGAAUCAGAGGCUACUGCGUACAGCAUUGAGUUUUCUGAGCUCUUCCAUGAAAUUUCGAUGAAGAACCAAGUUCUUCAUUUGGAUCCGCCUCUGCAAUUUGCUCGUGCCAGCUGGUUCUCGCACUUUGACUCAUGGCUUGGCGUGAUCUGCAAUCUCGAGAAAAUCAAAGCAACUCGCUAUCAAAUUUCCCUUGAUGUGCAAAGCGUUCGUCAGUCUGAAGCUUGCUUCGCUGAUCUUCCGCAGCACUGUACUACUGAGUUGAACCAAGUUUAUAGCGUGGUGGAAUCUCGACUGAAGGAUGUGUCAGAAUACGUUGAUAAGUGGCUGCAAUUCCAAUCUCUCUGGGACUUGCAAUCUGAUCAGGUUUACGAUAUCCUUGGAGAUGAUCUUUCUCAGUGGCUUCAACUGCUUCAAGAAAUCAGAAAGAGUCGCGCUACAUUCGACACCUCUGAAGUCAGCCGGGCCUUCGGAAACAUUCGCAUUGACUAUGAGCAAGUUCAAACCAAGGUCAAUGCCAAAUACGAUCAGUGGCAGCAUGAGAUCUUGCAGAAAUUCGGCGCCAAACUUGGCGCUCGCAUGCGAGAAGUACACUCAGAGAUCGCUGCAGCUCGCCGUGAUCUAGAGGGACAGACACUGGAAGCCUCUUCCACGGCCCACGCCGUCUCCUUUAUUACAAUCGUUCAGCAAUGCAAGCGAAAGACUCGAAUCUGGGAGCCCGAGGUUGACAUGUUCCGCCAAGGCCAAACCACUCUCGCUCGUCAGCGCUAUCAAUUCCCAAGUGACUGGCUUCACGUGGAGAAUGUGGAUGGCGAAUGGGCCGCCCUGAACGAGUUGCUUACUCGAAAAAGCAAAAUCGUCCAUGACCAAACCGAAGGACUUCGCGCAAAAAUUGCCGCGGAAGAUCGUGUCAUCGGUGACAAGAUCGCCGAGGUUAUCGGGCAAUGGAACGAUGAGAAGCCUGUUUCAGGCACAAUCCCUCCAGAGGAGGCGUCUCGCACCCUCAGCUCUUUCCAGUCCCGUCUUGAGUCCCUCCAGUCCGAGUUUGAGAUGGUCUCUAAAGCCAAGGAAGCUCUUGAUCUUCCUGCCAGCUCCGAGUCAUCAUUGCCUGCCAUCCUUGAGGAAGUCCAGGACUUCAUGUCCGUGUGGGCAGCACUUUCUACAAUCUGGAAGAGCUUGAACGAUCUUCGUGACGGACUCUGGACUAGCGUUCAGCCCCGAAAGCUCCGCCAGUCUCUGGAUGGGUUGAUCAAAAUGACCAAGGAAAUGCCUAGCCGCAUGAGACAAUACGCUGCAUUCGAGCACAUUCAGAAUGUCCUUCGCCAACUUUUGAAAGUCAACUCUCUGCUGUCCGACAUGAAGUCUGAAGCAGUCAAGGAAAGACACUGGCAAAAGAUUUACAAAUCCUUGAAACCUGGCAAACGAUUUUCCCUAGUGUCGCUGACUCUGGGUGAUGUCUGGGAUUUGCAACUUGCCACGAGUGAAAACAUUAUUCGUGGUGUGAUCGCGCAGGCCCAGGGCGAAAUGGCCCUCGAGGAAUUCUUGAAGUCUGUUCGCGAGACAUGGCAGAACUACUCCCUGGAUCUUGUCAACUACCAAAACAAGUGUCGUCUUAUCCGUGGUUUCGAUGACUUAUUUGCCAAAUGCAGUGAGAAUCUUAACUCCCUGCAAGCGAUGAGGCAUUCGCCAUACUACAAGGAGUUCGAAGAGGAAGCCACCUCUUGGGAAGAUAAGCUUAACCGUGUUCAUGUUCUCUUUGAUGUCUGGAUUGAUGUUCAGAGACAAUGGGUCUAUCUUGAGGGUGUCUUUACAGGAAACGCAGAUAUCAAGCAUCUGCUGCCUCUUGAGUCCAGCCGCUUCCAGAACAUUAAUUCGGAAUUCUUCGCUGUCAUGAAGAAGGUGUACAAGUCUCCAUUUGUCCUGGACGUUCUCGCAAUCAACGGUGUCCAGAAGUCUUUGGAAAGAUUGGCUGAACUGCUCAACAAGAUCCAGAAGGCUCUUGGUGAAUAUCUGGAACGCGAACGUGUUUCCUUCCCUCGAUUUUACUUCGUCGGAGAUGAAGAUCUGCUCGAGAUCAUUGGUAACAGCAAUGACAUCUUCCGCGUUGCCAAGCACUUCAAGAAGAUGUUUGCCGGUUUGUCGGGCAUUCUCAUGGAUGAUGAUAACAACAUUGUUGGUAUCACCUCCAAGGAAGGCGAAGAGGUUCGAUUGAAACGCGAGGUCAACCUUAUCAAAACACCCAGAAUCAACGAUUGGCUCACUGCGCUGGAGAACGCCAUGAAGUUGACACUUGCAGAGCUUCUUGGCGAGGCUGUUGAGCAGUUUGACACUCUCUACAGCGCCCCCGAAGUCGACCGAACUGCCUUUAAUGACUUCCUGGCCAACUAUCCUGCCCAAGUUGUUGUUCUUGCUAGUCAGGUCGUGUGGACAAAUGUCGUACAAAAGUCCCUGGAGGAAGGUGGCAGCAACCUCUCUACCUUGCAAGAUUCACAAAUCAGAAUCCUCGAGUUACUGGCCGCCACUGUGCUUGGAGAGCUCGAUGCUAUCACCCGCAAGAAAUGUGAACAUAUGAUUACCGAGUUUGUUCACCAACGUGAUACCAUUGCUAAAUUAAUCGAGUUCAAUGCCACUACACCAACCCACCACCUUUGGCUACUCCAGAUGCGUUAUGUCUACCAGCCCGAGGGUGAUUUCCUUCAGCGUCUCUAUGUCCACAUGGCAAACGCCAAGCUCAACUAUGGUUUCGAGUACUUGGGUGUCCCAGAGCGACUUGUCCGCACCCCGCUUACAGACCGAUGUUUCCUUACUCUUACCCAGGCUCUUUGCCAGAGACUCGGUGGUUCUCCGUACGGUCCUGCCGGUACCGGAAAAACAGAGUCUGUUAAGGCUUUGGGUCUUCAAUUGGGUCGUUUCACCCUUGUAUUCUGCUGUGAUGAUACCUUCGAUUUCCAGGCCAUGGGCCGUAUCUUCCUUGGUAUCUGCCAAGUUGGCGCUUGGGGUUGUUUCGACGAGUUUAACCGUCUGGAGGAACGCAUUUUGUCUGCGGUCUCUCAGCAAAUCCAAAACAUUCAGAUUGGACUGCGAAAGGACGAAGAUUCUAAGACUCAAAUCGAACUCGUCGGAAGGAAGCUAGCUGUUAACCCCAACACUGGUAUCUUUAUCACCAUGAACCCUGGUUAUGCAGGCCGAUCCAACUUGCCCGACAACUUGAAGAAAUUGUUCCGUAGUGUCGCCAUGUCCAAACCCGAUAAGGAACUCAUUGCCGAGGUCAUGUUGUUCUCCCAAGGUUUCAAACAAGCCAAGCCUUUGUCUAAGCAAACUGUGCCAUUCUUCGAUCAUUGUGCUGCUCAAUUGACCAACCAAGCUCAUUACGACUUCGGUCUCCGUGCUUUGAAGAGUGUCCUUGUAAGCUCUGGUGGUCUUAAACGUGCCCGUCUCGCGCAAUCGGAGGGAGAUCUUGGUCCCGAUGAUGUUAUAGAACCCCAGAUUAUCGUUCAGAGCUUGCGUGAAACCAUUGCGCCCAAGCUUGUACAGGAAGAUGUCGACAGAAUGCUUGGAAUUCAGAUGGAAGACUUCCCUGGUGUUGACUAUGUUCCUGCCAACUUCGAAAAACUUACCCAAGCAAUCCGGGACAUUGCCCAUGAACAACACUUCGUUGACAGCGAUAUGUGGAUCGCUAAGGCUCUUCAACUGUACCAAAUCCAGAGCAUCCACCAUGGUGUCAUGAUGGUUGGAAAGUCCGGAGCUGGAAAAUCUGCUGCUUGGAAAAUUCUUCUGCAGGCUAUGCAACGCGUUGAAGGCGUAGAGGGUGUCUUCCACAUUAUUGACUCCAAGGUUAUGUCAAAGGAAGCCCUCUAUGGUAACCUUGACAGCACUACUCGCGAGUGGACUGACGGUCUCUUCACUGGUAUCCUCAGAAAGAUCGUCGACAACCUUCGAGGUGAAGACAGCAAGCGCCACUGGAUUGUCUUUGAUGGUGAUGUUGAUCCCGAGUGGGUUGAGAACUUGAACAGUGUGUUGGAUGACAACAAACUGCUCACCCUCCCCAACGGAGAGCGUCUCAAUCUGCCCCAGAAUGUUCGCAUCAUGUUUGAAGUCGAGAGUCUGAAAUACGCUACCCUCGCUACUGUCAGUCGUUGUGGUAUGGUAUGGUUUAAUGCUGAUACUGUCACUGCUUCUAUGAUGAUAUCCAAUUACGUCGAGGGCCUCAAAACGAAGACUUUCGAAGACUUGGACGAUGAUAGUGCUCCUGCCGGAACGACUGCCGCCAAGACACAGGACACACAAGAUUCACUUUCCACGAUUCUCAAACAGCAUCUUGAAACUGAUGACAUCGUUCUCAAGUCAUUGGAUGAAGCGAAGAAGUACAAUCACAUCAUGGAGUUUACCGAUAUUCGGGGAUUGAACACCCUAUUCAGCUUACUGAACAAGGCCUGCCGCAAUGUUUUGGAGUACAAUGUGCAACAUGUUGACUUCCCUCUAGACCCCGAACAGAUAGAGUCUUACAUCUCUAAGAAGCUUUUGCUUACACUCGUCUGGUCUUUUACUGGUGAUUGUCCACUUACAGAUCGCAAGGCCUUUGGUCAAUGGCUUACUGGUACAUCAACUAUUGAUCUGCCACCAGAUGGAGACUCAUCUCUCAUUGAUUUCGAUGUCACGCUGCCCAAGUCGGAAUGGACAAGCUGGCAAUCGCAGGUGCCUUCAAUUGACAUAAACACCCAUUCGGUCACUCAGACUGAUGUUAUUAUCCCAACUGUGGAUACUGUCCGACACGAGGAUGUCCUCUACUCCUGGCUCGCCGAGCACAAGCCUUUGCUUCUCUGCGGUCCUCCUGGAUCUGGUAAAACAAUGACCCUGUUCGCUGCUUUGAGAAAACUGCCAAACAUGGAGGUUGUCGGCCUCAAUUUUUCCAGCGCGACUACUCCGGAUCUCCUGAUCAAGACCUUUGAGCAGUACUGCGAGUACAAGAAGACACUUAAUGGUGUUGUGAUGUCACCUAACCAGAUUGGUCGUUGGCUGGUCGUCUUCUGCGACGAGAUUAACUUGCCCGCCCCCGAUCGCUAUGGUACUCAGCGUGCUAUCUCCUUCCUGCGUCAACUUGUGGAGCAGAAUGGCUUCUGGCGUACCUCUGACAAGACCUGGGUCUCUCUGGACCGCAUUCAGUUUGUCGGGGCUUGUAACCCCCCAACCGACGCUGGUCGUACCCCUAUGGGUGAACGUUUCCUUCGCCAUGCACCCCUUAUCAUGGUCGAUUACCCCGGAGAGAUCUCUCUCAACCAGAUCUACGGCACAUUUAACUCGGCCGUUCUCAAGAUUCUGCCAUUACUUCGUGGAUACUCUGAAGCUCUUACCAAGGCGAUGGUCCAGUUCUACCUUGAAUCGCAGUCGAGAUUCACACCCAAGAUUCAACCUCACUACGUCUACUCUCCUCGUGAGUUGACUCGCUGGGUUCGCGGUGUUUACGAGGCUAUUAAGCCUCUCGAAACACUCACGAUCGAAGGCCUGGUCCGUAUUUGGGCCCAUGAGGCUCUACGUCUCUUCCAGGAUCGAUUAGUUGCUGAGGAUGAGAGAGCUUGGACUGCUGACGCUGUUCGCCGCAUUGCCCUGGAGCAUUUCCCUACAAUCGACGACCAGGAAGCAUUGAAGGGCCCCAUUCUGUUUUCCAACUGGCUUUCCAAGCACUAUGUGCCCGUUGAGCAAGAGCGACUUCGUGAUUUCGUGAAGGCCCGUCUGAAGACCUUCUGCGAAGAGGAGGUUGACGUUCCUUUGGUCUUGUUCAAUGACGUUCUUGAGCAUGCCUUGCGCAUUGAUCGAGUCUUCCGCCAACCUCAAGGUCAUCUUAUCUUGAUCGGUGUUAGUGGAAGUGGAAAAACAACACUGUCUCGUUUUGUUGCUUGGAUGAAUGGCCUGAAGGUAUUCCAAAUCAAGGUCCACGGUAAAUACUCUUCUGAGGACUUCGACGAUGAUCUCAGAAGCGUUCUCCGUCGCGCUGGUUGUAAGGGUGAGAAAAUUUGUUUCAUCAUGGAUGAAGCCAAUGUGCUUGACUCUGGUUUCUUGGAGCGCAUGAACACCUUGCUUGCCAACGCCGAGGUUCCUGGUCUUUUCGAAGGCGAUGAAUUCUCCUCUCUCAUGACGGCCUGUAAAGAAGGUGCUCAGCGCCAGGGCUUGCUUCUUGACUCUCAAGAGGAACUUUACAAGUGGUUCACACAACAGAUCGUUAAGAACUUGCACGUUGUAUUCACCAUGAACCCACCGGAAGAAGGCCUUUCCUCCAAGGCAGCCACUAGUCCAGCCUUGUUCAAUCGUUGCGUGUUGAACUGGAUGGGUGACUGGUCCGACCAAGCUCUCUUCCAAGUCGGAUCUGAAUUGACUCAAUCAGUCGAUCUAGACAAGCCGAACUUUACCUCUCCUGACAGCAUUCCUGUGGCUUAUCGCGAAUUAUCCCUCCCUGCGUCACACAGAGAUACUGUUGUCAACUCUAUGGUGUACAUUCAUCACUCCCUUCACCGUAUUAACGAGCGCCUGCAUAAGCAACAAGGACGCUCCACAUUCCUGACUCCUCGUCAUUACCUUGACUUUGUUGCACAAUACGUCAAGCUCUUCAAUGAAAAGCGCGAGGACCUGGAGGAGCAACAACGCCACUUGAACGUUGGUCUUGAGAAGCUCCGUGACACCGUCGACAAAGUCAGCGAUUUGCGUGGUAGUCUUGCUCAGAAGAAGACUCAAUUAGAGAAGAAGGACGCUGAAGCCAAUGAGAAAUUGCAGCGCAUGGUUGCAGAUCAACAGGAAGCAGAACAGCGCAAGACGGUUUCGCUUGAGGUUCAAGCUGCACUAGAAAAGCAAGAGAAGGAGGUUGCGGAGCGAAGAGAGGUUGUCUUGCACGACUUGGCAAGAGCCGAACCUGCUGUGAUGGAGGCCCAGCGGAGUGUCAGCAAUAUUAAACGUCAACAUCUGACUGAAGUCCGAUCAAUGGGUAACCCUCCAGCCAGUGUUCGACUUGCGUUGGAAGCCGUGUGCACACUUCUAGGUCACAAGGUCGAUAGUUGGAAGACAAUCCAGGGUCUCGUCCGCCGAGAUGACUUCAUUGCCAGUAUCGUCAAUUAUGACAAUGAACGCCAGAUGACUCGAAACCACCGUGCCAAAAUGCAGAAUGAGUUUUUGUCCAAGGAAGACUUCACCUACGAGCGUGUGAACCGUGCCAGUAAGGCCUGUGGUCCCUUGGUCCAGUGGGUCGAGGCUCAAGUAAACUAUUCCGAGAUUUUGGAUCGCGUUGGCCCCUUGCGAGAGGAGGUCGAUCAACUCGAGGAACAAGCUUUCCAGACCAAGGCUGAGGCGCAGACUAUUGAAACUACCAUUCAAAGUUUGGAGAGCAGUAUUGCCACCUACAAGGCUGAAUACGCUGCACUUAUCAGCGAAACCCAGGCCAUCAAGACUGAAAUGUCCCGGGUUCAGUUCAAGGUUGAUCGGAGUGUGCGUCUGCUUGAUUCCUUGGCGUCUGAGCGUGAACGUUGGGAGGAAGGUAGCAAGUCCUUCGAAACUCAGAUCAGCACUCUCGUCGGCGAUGUGCUCAUUGCAGCUGCUUUCCUUGCCUAUGCUGGUCUUUACGAUCAGCAGUUCCGUAAGGCGAUGGUGGAUGACUGGGUGCACCAGCUUGCUCAGUCUGGCAUCCACUUCAAGCCCCAUAACCCCAUCACCGAGUACCUGUCCAAUGCCGAUGAGCGUUUGACUUGGCAAGAAAACUCUCUCCCUGUGGAUGACCUCUGCACUGAGAAUGCCAUUGUCCUGAAGCGCUUCAACAGAUACCCUCUGAUCGUCGACCCAUCUGGCCGAGUGACCGAGUUCCUGCAGAAAGAAAGCAAGGACCGCAAGCUUACCGUCACGAGCUUCUUGGAUGACUCCUUUGUUAAACAGUUGGAGAGUGCCCUGCGUUUUGGCAACCCAAUCCUUAUCCAGGAUGCAGAGCAUUUGGACCCAAUUCUCAACCAUGUUCUCAACAAGGAAUACCAGAAGACUGGAGGUCGUGUACUGAUCCAGCUUGGCAAGCAGGAGAUCGAUUUCUCCCCAUCCUUCAGACUGUUCUUGUCUACUAGAGAUCCGUCUGCCUCGUUCCCGCCAGAUGUGUGCAGUCGUACCACCUUUGUCAACUUUACAGUCACCCAAAGCAGUUUGCAGACGCAAUCUCUGAACGAUGUAUUGAAAUUUGAGCGUCCAGAUGUCGACGAACGCCGCAACAAUUUGGUCAAGAUGCAAGGUGAAUUCAAGGUCCAUCUCCGCUCCCUUGAGAAGCGUCUUCUGCAGGCUCUUAACGAGUCUCGUGGAAACAUUUUGGAUGAUGACAACGUUAUCGAGACAUUGGAAACCCUCAAGAAGGAGGCUGCCGAUAUUUCAAUCAAGAUGUCCGAGACUGAAGGCGUUAUGACAGAGGUUGAGACUAUCACUCAGCAAUACAGCAUUAUUGCCCGAGCUUGCAGUGCUGUUUUCGCUGUUCUAGAACAGCUCCACCACAUCAACCAUUUCUACCAGUUCUCUCUACAGUACUUCGUGGAUAUUUUCAACGCCGUUCUCUACCAAAACAAGCGUCUUGCCCAAGAGAAGGAUCACUCGGCCCGCGUGCAGAUUAUUAUUCGAGACCUGUUCAUCACAACCUACCAACGAACCUCGCUAGGCUUGGUUCAAAAGGACCGCAUUACUCUGGCCAUUCUGCUUGCCCAUGCCACUCCAUUCCCAAUGGACAGAGCCCUUCUCGACCACAUCCUGGACGAGUCAGUUGAGGACGCCGAUCUUUCGACCACCACAGACAUCCGCGAGCAAGUGACGAGCAAGCUCCUGAACAUGUCCCUGUUCAAGGAAUAUGUCCCCAACAUCCCUCAAGAUCAGUGGGAUCGCUUCUUCGGCGAAGAACUUGCCGAGAAUGCCGUCCCAGUUGUUUGGGAAGAGAGCACCCCCAAGCUUGACCAACUGCUUCGCUCAUUGCUUCUUGUCAAACUCUGCCGCAUGGAUCGAUUUGUUCCCGCCGCUGAGCGAUUUAUCGAGGCUGUCUUCGGCCGUGAGCUAUUCGAGGGUAGCAGUGAUCUCAAGGAUGUCGUUGAUCAAGUCACGGCAACCACCCCUAUCUCUCUUAGCUCCAGCCCCGGCUUCGACGCCAGUUACAAGGUCGACGCAUUGGUUGAACGCACCCACUCUACUUGUGCCAAUAUUGCCAUGGGUUCAAAUGAGGGUCUCGAAAGUGCCGACAAAGCUAUCAGCAACGCCGCUGCCACAGGUAACUGGGUAUUGGUCAAGAACGUCCACUUGGCGCCCUCGUGGUUGCAAAGCCUGGAAAAGAGGCUCGAUUCCCUCAAGCCUCACAAGGAAUUCCGACUCUUCCUCUCUAUGGAAUCUAGUCCUAAGAUUCCUGUCAACCUUAUCCGUGCUUCUCGCGUGCUUAUGUAUGAGCAGCCUGCUGGUGUCCGUGCCAACAUGAAGGAUUCUAUGUCUUCAUUGACUACCCGAGCUAGCAAGGCUCCUGUUGAAAAGGCCCGUGUCUAUCUAUUGCUAUGCUUCUUCCAUGCCGUCGUUCAAGAAAGAUUACGCUACGCUCCUAGCCUUGGAUGGAAGGGCUUCUGGGAAUUCAACGACAGUGAUUACGAAUGCUCUGCCUGGAUCAUCGAUCACUGGGUUGAUACAGUCGCUCAAGGCCGUUCCAACGUGGCUCCCCAGAAACUUCCUUGGGAGAUGAUCCGAACUCUCAUUGCCGAGAUGUACGGUGGAAAGAUCGAUGACGCCGCCGAUUUCCAGCAGCUCCAGAAUCUGGUGGAUAGCUUCCUUACACCUGCCGCCUUUGAAGAUGACUAUAAGCUUGUUUCUGGUGUCGAGAAUGACGAGCUCCUCACUCUGCCUACUGGUACAAGCAUUCGUGACUUCAUCGCUUGGGUUAAUAACCUUCCUGAGCGUGAGCCACCUACUUACCUCGGACUUCCGGCUAAUGCUGAGAAGUUGCUGUUGGUUGGUCAUGGACGCAAGAUGAUCUCUGAUUUGUCGCGUGUUACUACUCUUCUUGAUGAAGGGGAGCAAUUGAUGAUUGAUAAUUAG